AUGCAUGUCGACCGUAUUGAGGUCUACCUCCGGGAUAUCCAGAUCACACAGCGUUUCGUGAAGCUUUUCAAGCCCGCUGUGAUGCCUCUCCUCCCAGACUCCCAGCCGUCGUCUUCGCCUCUCAUCCCGCGCCCGACGCGCAGGAUCCUUUUGCUGAUAUCGAAGGACCCUGUCGAGAAGCCCGUCCAAAAGCGACAGAACAAGACAUGCUAA